UGUAGUUUACGUUCGACAGCAAACACUGCAACUUGGUUAAAAACAGAUUAGUUGAAACAAAAAAUCACUUUAAAGUGGGAAAAACUACCAUAAACCGAUUAAUUUAUUUGUGCGUGUUUGCAUUUUGGGUGGUAAACUCAUUUGAAAACAUUGAAUAUACGAAAUGCCUUCGUUGAACAACGAAAACGAGAGUGACGGUGACGGAGAUAUGUCAGAGAAUGAAUCACAACACUCAAAUUCAAGCCGUGAUGCAAAAGCAGAGUCCAGUGAAGCCGAUGAGCCUGAUUCCGAUUCAUCCGAGCUCGAUGAAAACGAAUGCGAACGUCGAACCGCCGGUUUCAUCAAGUAUAUGGGUGAAUUGGAGCAUCAAUUCACAAUAUUACGUGAGCAAUUGUAUCAGGAACGUGUCAAACAGAAUGAUUUGUGUCUAAACGAUGUUCGCAAUGGCCGAUCUCAGGAAUAUUUAGAGCCACUAAAGCAGCUCACCGAUCAAAUGCAAAGUCGUAUUGAAGUUGCGGGUGUUUUGAAGCGUCUACGGCUGGAAAAUAUCAACCAUAAAUUCCAUGCUGAAGAACAAGGAGCGUUGCAACAUUUUGAGAGUGAAAAAGAGCUGGCAAAAGAUGCAAUUUAUGAGGAGUUGAUGGAGAAAAUUCGAAGGUUGGAAGAAGAUCGGCAUAACGUUGAUAUCUCAUGGGCUGAUUGGAAUACUAGUACAAGAACAAGCAGCAAAGUACGUGGUCCGGGUCGAAAAAAAGCAGUCACCGUCACGGGGCCGUACAUUGUAUAUAUGUUAUCCGAUGAUCAAAUAUUGGAUGAUUGGCGUAUCAUUCGGAAAAGCAUGAAAAAAUCAUCACCAUCCACGUCAUCUUGAAACUCAGACAAUUUUACAAAUACAAAGUCUUUAAGCCAUUUUUUUUAUAAUACAUUUGAAGGGAAAUUUCUGAUUAUUAUUUUUUUUUUCUCGAACUGAAUUCACUUUUAAUGUUAAGUGAUAGCAAAAUGGUUGAAGUGUUUAAUCAUCGAAUUUGCAUUACCCAUCGAUUGAAAUUAAAUGAUAGCUUUGAACCACCUUCUAAUUUAAAGACAGUUUUUGUUUUCUAAAAUCCUGUCGGAAAAUUUCGAAAUAUUUUGUAACGAAACCGGCUCAAAUCUUCAUUUGUAAAUACGAUAUGCAAAACAAUUUUCUUUCAUUCGGGAUAAGCAUCGAUAUUUUGAAAAAGAGACUUAAGAAAUGAAUAAAAAAAAAUGAGAAAAAAAA